AUGUCUCCGACUCCAGUGAAAAAAGUUAAUUCUCAACGUCGACGACAAGGAAAAAAAUCUACAAUUAAACGAAAUUGUAAUAAAAGAAAGAUGAUGACUAAUACGACAAUAGCAUUGCACAUACAUCAACAACAACGAGAAACUCCUUGUGCCGUUAAAAAUACAAAUAGAAUAUCAAACAAGCGAAAAAAUGAUGAUAUGGUCUACAUUGAACUUGAUACAAAAUGUGGAUGUGGUAAUACUUGCAAUUCAAAUAUUCAAUUUACAAAACGUUAUUUAGAAUGUAAAAAAACAAUGCAAAUACGUGUGAUUAAAACUUAUAUACAUAUGAUUCUUCAUCAUUCAACUAAUUCAAUUAUCAACAUUUAUAAUGUGUCAAGUACUAAAGACAAUAACAAUGUAGAGAUAUUAUUGAAUGAUAACGAUGAAUUGAAAAAUCUAUCCUAUGGUACACAAACAUCUCAUCAAUUACCUCAUAUUCAAUUAAAAUUUACUAUUAUCAAUUUAUCAACAUUAUUUGCCAAUUGUCUAUGUAUUCAAGAUAAUAAAAAUGAAUUUUAUAAUUCUUCUACCAUAUCAUUUCAAGAUAAAAAGCAUUUUUCACCAACAAUUAUUGAAUCCGCUAAACUUUCAUCAAUUUUAUCCACAUAUUCCAUGUCUUCUAUUUCUCCCAUUGUCAGUAUUACAAAUAUUAUUAAAUCACCAUCACCAUCUAUACUUAUCGAAAACAAAUCGUCAUCUUUAGUAUCAAUUGUUCAAUCGUCUUCACUCGAAAUUCAUUCUUCGUCUGAAAAACGUUUACCAUCAAUAUUAACACCGCCAUUAUCUCCAACACCAUCAUCAACAAAUAAUCUUUCAAUUGUUCCAUCACAAUGUUCAUCGUUAAAUAUUUUAACACCACCAAAUGAUCGUGAAAGUUCAAAAGAAAUACCACAACAUUCGGGUUUUAUAAUUAAAGAUAUAGAAGAUUUUGAAGAUGAUCAUCAAUGGGAUGUUAUUAAUGAAGUUGCUCGACGAUUUGGUGAACCAAUACAUAUUGAUCAUUAUAAUUCAUCAUUCGAAAAAAAUCAUUUAAAACAUAAAAAAACGAAAAAAUCAAAACAAUUAAAAACUUCAGCAACUUUAAAACGAAUGUUACCAAAACUUUUACCAAAAUUACCGUCAAAUUAUAGUUCAUCGUCAUCUUUAUCUUCGCUUGCUCUACCGUCUCCAAUAUUAUCGUCAUCGUUAUCAAAUUCAUCAUUUGAUGAUAGUUGUUGUCCAGUUGAUUUAAGUAUAAAAAAACGUUUAUUCGAUGAGAACUCAAAUACAACAACAAAAUAUAUUAAAAUUUAA